GAGCCUCCACCGAACCACGCGCAGCAAGAACGAACCGGCUGCUAGUGGUAACAACGUCACCGAGGAGCAACGAACCUCUGACCACGGCGAGGAAAUCGGAGCAACCCGUCCUGAUACGAUACAGGAAAGAUGGCCGACGACCCCAGCGCAGCCGACAGGAACGUGGAGAUUUGGAAGAUUAAGAAGUUAAUUAAAAGCCUUGAAGCAGCCAGGGGGAAUGGCACCAGUAUGAUAUCGCUAAUUAUUCCCCCUAAGGACCAAAUCUCGCGUGUGGCUAAGAUGCUGGCUGAUGAGUUCGGCACAGCGUCGAACAUAAAGAGCAGAGUGAACAGACUGUCAGUUCUGGGAGCCAUCACCUCAGUUCAGCAGAGACUCAAACUCUACAAUAAGGUGCCUCCUAAUGGUCUGGUGGUGUACUGUGGAACCAUAGUGACAGAGGAAGGUAAAGAGAAGAAAGUAAACAUCGACUUUGAACCCUUUAAGCCAAUCAACACGUCCCUGUAUUUAUGUGACAACAAGUUCCAUACAGAGGCCCUUACUGCACUGCUUUCGGAUGACAGCAAGUUUGGUUUCAUCGUGAUAGACGGCAGCGGUGCCCUCUUUGGGACACUGCAAGGCAACACGAGGGAGGUGCUACACAAGUUCACCGUGGACCUGCCCAAGAAGCACGGGCGAGGAGGACAGUCUGCCUUGCGGUUUGCCCGUUUGCGGAUGGAGAAGAGGCACAACUACGUGAGGAAGGUGGCAGAAACAGCCGUGCAGCUGUUUGUGUCCAAUGACAAGGUCAACGUUGCCGGGCUGGUCCUCGCUGGAUCAGCCGACUUCAAAACCGAGCUUAGCCAGUCAGACAUGUUCGACCCGAGACUACAAGCAAAGGUCCUAAAAUUGGUUGACAUUUCCUAUGGAGGAGAGAAUGGAUUUAAUCAGGCCAUUGAGCUGUCUGCAGAGGUGCUGUCAAACGUCAAAUUCAUUCAGGAGAAGAAACUAAUAGGGCGCUACUUUGAUGAGAUCAGUCAGGACACAGGAAAGUACUGUUUCGGGGUGGAGGACACGCUCAAAGCACUGGAGAUGGGAGCCGUAGAGAUCCUGAUCGUUUACGAGAACCUAGACACUAUGCGCUAUGUCCUCCGCUGCCACGGAGCAGAGAGCAGUGCGCCAGAAAAUGAUGAGAAGACACUAUAUCUGACACCAGAGCAGGAGAAAGACAAGUCCCACUUCACAGACAAAGAGACAGGACAGGAGCACGAACUCAUAGAGAGUAUGCCACUGCUCGAGUGGUUUGCCAACAACUACAAGAAAUUUGGAGCCACCCUGGAGAUUGUGACGGACAAGAGCCAGGAGGGUUCUCAGUUUGUGAAAGGCUUCGGCGGUAUUGGUGGCAUUUUGCGAUACAGGGUGGAUUUCCAGGGCAUGGAGUAUCAGGGUGAUGACGAUGAGUUCUUUGACUUGGAUGACUACUAGGUAGUCUGGACUGAUUAAUGAAGGUGAAUUUUCCAAGUAAAGGAUCUUCCCUCUACCACUCAGUGGAUGACAAGGGGGUGAGGGCCAAAGGGGGCGAAUCGGCGAAAAAGGAGCUUGUGAUGGGAGCGGAAGAGUAGUAGUAUCUACAUGUAUGUAUCCCUGACCUUACAACACAGUGACUUCAUCUCCUGACCAGCUGAAGCUGCAGCAGACUUCCCCGCCAAGUUUGCUCCCCACCGCCACACCAUUAACACCUCACAGCGACAGUACAGACAUGACACCCGUGUUUGGCCCCGCCUCUGCUCCCAGUACGCAUGCCACCAGGACCUGCCCCCUCUCCAGUCCUGCCUUCUUGACAACCCUGGCCCCACCACCGCUGUAUUUUGCAGAGGUUUAUGGCAUUUAUUGAUUUUUCUUUUUCUUUUUUUUUUUAUAUCCUCGGUGUAUGUGGUAAGCAGGAAAGAUUAAAUUGCUGCUGCUUACACAGCCACCUGAAGCGCAAUACCCAGAGCCUGUGUUUCUUACUGUCAAGUUUAAACCACCCCUUGUUUCUGCUGUAAGACAGUGUGGCGGGGAGGAUGCUGUAAAUCUGUAUGGUGGUGAAGAUGCACUCUGAGCCAGCUCAAUCUUCUGCCGCCUGUCUUAGUGGACCUGACGGGGCUCUAAGAUGCCUUUGAACAGAAGUACCAUCACAUCGCUGGAUCUCUCAUUUCUGCUGACUGUCUAUGUAAAGACGGAUGUUUUAUUUUGGCCUAAUCGGGCUUCAGUAAUGUGCACCUCUUUCUUGCUUUAGCCCCUGGAAUACCCCCAUCCUUAUAUAUACCUAUUUGAGUGCCUGAACUGUGGUGUGUGUGUGUGUGUGUGUGUGUGUGUGUGUGUGUGUGUGUGUGUGUGUGUGUGUGUGUGUGUGUGUGUGUGUGUGUGUGUGUGUGUGUGUGUGUGUGUGUGACAUGAUGGCACAAUUCACCAGAUUCUGGACCUGCUGCCUUCUGAUAUUUUACUGAUCUGGACAUGGAGUUUGGAGCUUGUAAACAGAAGCUGGUUUACGGACUGAAGUUUUACACAGGAAGCCUGGUGGAGUACUGACCACGGUGGGGGUGCGCCAAGUUCUCUUGUACUAUGACCGUAUGGAUGUGGACUUCGUCUCCAGGUUCAUCCCUGUGCCUGUAUCUUUCCAUUUUAAUUCCUCUGACACCAAGCCCUCCAGUUUGCCCAUAUGUACAGUGACAGAGGAGGGAUGUGACACAAAGAGAGGCAAGCAGUGCGUGUAGGACCUCAUCAGUGACCAUGGCAUGGUCUUACUUGGAUAUCAGAUUUACUACGAAGCAGGCCAACUCAGCGAUGUAGUAUAAAAGGAGACAACAUAUCACAACAAAGAUGCUCCCUAUUUUAACAAAUAUUUUCUGUAUUUUCCCAUCUCCUUCCUCAGUCCAUCAAUAUUUUGUAUAAAUCAUUUGUUACAUGAGGUCAUGGAUAUUAAACAUUCUCAUUGUUUGCAA